GAGACCCACAACCACCCACCCCACCCCCCCUACUUUCUCUCUCUAUCCCGUCGCACCCACCAGGCCACAACCUACUUCACCGUCUGGUUAAGCCGUGUCGCCGCCGUCAUGUGCCAUGGACUUCGUCAAGCACCUGCUCGCCCGGAGGCCCGAGCUCGUCGGCGAAGAAACCUGCCCCAAUCGUCUAUGGUGCCAUCUACAGCACGACCCGCCGCGCCGCCGCACUCGUCUGCUAUGCCAUCCGCGUCGACGCCGCCGUCUUGAGUGCCGUUUACGUCAACGGAAUAGCUUUCUCGCGUGGUCCGCAGCUUGAAGCAUAUCAGAGAAGAGAGAUUCCCCAAUCGUCUCUGCCGUCUACAGCACAAUUCGCACCGCAACUGUCCCCUUGCGCCAUCUCCGACGGCGCCGGCGCCGCCGCAUCCAUCUUCAGUGACGUUGACGUCGAUAGAGCACAGCGUCACUUGGUUAAUUAGGGAAUCUAUUGCCAACAGAUUUUCUCUGGCCGUUUUAGGGCAACGGCGGAAAUCGGGAAUUUCACGGCGAGGCAUAACACCGACCAGAUCUCACUCGGUAUCACUGCCUCGUUCGUGGUUCCCGCGGCCACAUACCUGUUCCACGAAGCCAAUGUCCUCGCCGCCAACAUCGGCCAUGUCAUCCACCGCCGCCCCCGCCUCCUCACCUGCAGCAUCGACCGGAGGCUCAACGUCGAGUAUGAAGCAGACGGCACGCCUGCGACAAUUGACUGAUGUUCGUUCGUUUCAAGUAAAGUUCGAAUUGGCGGAUGAAAUUGAUCUAGAAGUCCGACAUCGAGCCUAGCGCGUGACAUUUCAUUGCCGCAGUCUACUUCGCCUUGGGGUUCAUGGCUGGGAGGUUUGUCCUUGGGGAUGCACCUUGGGGAGCUUUGGAGAUCGGACAAUCUCUUCACGAGUUUAACAGGCCUGAACCUUUGACAGAGGAAGCUAACGAGUGUCUUGCACAACGAGAAUUAGAAGAACCCGUCUUUCAGCCCGUGGAUGAUGUAACCAUAGACGAAUCCGUCUUUCCUUACUCGUCUGAAGAUUUUAGAUUAGACACAUUUCGAUUUUCGCCAACCGUGAUAGAUGCGUUUUCCAUUCCCUCCAAGUUUCCGGUUCCUGGAGAAACUCGAAAGAAGAGAGAAGGGAAUUGGGCCUCGAUCCGCCAACAUAAUGUGAAUCAAUUGGAUGUUGCCCAUGAGUUGAUCAACACGGCGAUUUCAACUGCUCUGAAGAAAAGCAAGUCUGUUUACAUAAGCAUUAGCUGCAAUUUACCAGCUAUCCCUCACCCAACUUUUUCUAGGGCACUGUUGGCAUCAAGCGCGUCACCAAGCGGGCCCCACUAUUGUAUUGCCGGUCUGAGGACACAUUGA